CAGAGCCGGAACGUCUCGGGGCUGCGCGAGGCCCUGCAGAGGAAAAUCGGGGCCCUGGAGCUGCAGCUGCGUCUCCAUGGCAACGGCUCCCAUCACCAUGGCAACCACCAGCACGGCCACCACGACGGUCACCACGGCAACCACCAGGAGGAGAAGCAUCCCCACGGUUUCCACGGCGACCACCAGCAGGAGAACCAUCCCCACGGUUUCCACGGCAACCACCAGGAGGAGAAGCAUCCCCACGGUUUCCACGGCAACCACCAGGAGGAGAAGCAUCCCCACGGUUUCCACGGCAACCACCACGGCGAUCCCCAUGGCAACCACCACCACGAGCAUCACGGUUACCAUGGCAACCACCACCACCAGGACGGUCACCAUGGUGACCACCACCACGACCAGGAGGAGGAGAAGCAUCCCCACGGUCACCAUGGCAACCACCACCACGACCAGGAGGAGGAGAAGCAUCCCCACGGUUUCCAUGGCAACCACCACCAGGAUGGUCACCACGGCGACCACGAGAAGCACGGGGACCACCACGAGAAGAACCUCCACGGUUUCCAUGGCAACCACGACGGUCUCCACGGCAACCACCACCCCCACGGUCUCCAUGGCGACCGCGAGGAGCAUCCACACGGUCUCCAUGGCGACCACGACGGUCUCCUUGGCAACCACCACCACGAGAAGCACGGGGACCACCAUGACGGUCACCAUGGCGACCACCACCAGGAGAAGCAUCCCCACGGUUUCCAUGGCAACCACAACGAUCUCCAUGGCAACCACCACCAGGAGAAGCAUCCCCACGGUUUCCAUGGCAACCACAACGAUCUCCAUGGCAACCACCACGAGAACCAUCCCCACGGUCUCCAUGGCAACCACGCCCCCCACGGUUUCCAUGGCAACCAGCACCCCGGUUACCACGGCGACCGCGCCAAGGCCGCCGACCCCUCCGGACCCCACGGUUACCACGGCAACCGCAGCGCCGCCCUCCGCAGCGACCACCCGCCCGGUCUCCAUGGCGACGGCAAGCCCGGCAACCGGCUGGAGGCCGGUAACCAUGGCAACCGCCAGCAACACCCGCACCGCCUCCACGGCGACCGCUACGGCGGUUUCCGGGUGGCGUUCCCCCUCCGCACCAACUACAUGUUCGCGCGUGUCCGGGGUCCCGUGCGGAGCCCCCUGGGCGCCGUCUCCGUCUGCCUGUGGCUGCGCCCGGGGGGCGCCCCCAGCCUGGGCACCCCCUUCUCGUACGCGGCGCCCGGGCAGCCCAACGAGCUGGUGCUGCUGGCCUGGGGCGGCCGGCCCCUCGAGCUGCUCGUCGACGACCAG